CGCGAGACAGUUUGCUGCUUUUUGCUCUUCCAGGAGAUGAGGGAUUCACCCAGGUUCAGGAAUGGCGCCAUUGAGGAAACCCAGCUUGUUCUUUGCAGCAAGGGCGUUGAACAUGGCGCGGCUCCAGUCAUUGUAGUUUGUUGGGGUGAGCUUCUCGCUGACCAAGAGAGAACCAGGUUGCUCAGAACCAUGAAGGAAGUAUGGAUCUUCCAUUGGGUAAGGAGUGUUUAAGUUUUCACCAGAUGCAGAAGCAUCUUGAUGGGUUUCGUUUGUGGCCAUGGCGG